GGCUGGCUUCCAGGCCGCAACCCUUUCCGGAUAAUACUAUCUCUCGCUCUCUCUCGCCAUAUUAAAAUCGACCCUCCGGUGGUGGUCGGUGGGUGGGGGGAGGAGGGUCCUGAGGAUAUCAAUAAUAAAAGGAGCGAGAGAGGGUGAGGGAGGCAUCUUUCCCCUCCUCCCCCUACAGACGAGCUGGGCCGGCAGCUAGAGGGGGACCAGAGCGAUGAGAGGCGAGUAGAAGGAUGAUACCGAGCAGCUCUGGCCUCUUGACCCUGGCUUUGUGCCUGUUGCUCUGGCGCUGCUCGGAUGCCCGGAAGGCGAUGGUAGUGCUGCACCGCAACGACUCAAGCGAGUUGCCGCAGCCGCAGCGGCAGCUGCCCGAGUCGGGGCUGACCGAGCCACCUCACGCCGUGUGUCCCGAGCUGUGCCGCUGCUACAUCAACAUCCUGUCAUGCCACCCGGCCAAGCCGGUGGGUUCGCACAGCCACGAUGCGGCCGUCGACCUGGGGGAGCCGGUCUCCGCCGAAGCCAGCGGUAAUGGCAGCAAAUCUCCGCAUUCCAAGCACAACAGUAACACCACGGAGAAGGAUGAGAAGAGCAUGAACAUUCUCACUGAAAUACCCCAUGGGAUCCGAGGCACCAUGUCUGGCAAUGUCCUGACACCGUUCACCGUGCUGGAUUUUCGAGAUAACAACGUUUCAUUCAUAUGGAAAGACGACUGGUUAUUUUAUCCAGGUGCAGAAUAUCUAAAUUUAAAGGGGAAUCGUAUAACGGAUCUGAUUCCAGAAACAUUUGAAGGUCUCUCACAUUUGAAAUACUUGUUUUUAUCUUAUAAUCAGAUUAGGUUUAUUGCAGAUUAUAUGUUCCAGCCUACUCCAGAAAUUGAACUGAUUGAUAUCAGCAACAACCAUUUGUAUGCAGUGCAAAGGGAUCUCUUCAGGACAAAACAUGGAUUACCUUUCCUGAAAGUCUUGGAUCUGAGCAAUAAUAAUAUAUUGGUUUUGGGUCCUGGUGCCUUUUCACAACUGUCAAGUUUACACUUCCUGAACAUAAGUGAUAAUUAUUUAAGCUUAAUAGGUACUGGUGCUUUUGAUCGACUAUCUUCAAUAAUCUACUUAGAUCUUCGUGCAACCUCCAUUUCUCUUGAUGUUCUCAAAGGUAUCUUAGAGAGUACAAUAAAUAUUGUCAACCUGUACAUUUCUCAUACUUUGAAAUGUUGCUUAUGCAAGUAUCCACAUCUGGACAAGCUUAUUCUGACAAGAAAUGUGGAGAUUAACUGCAAGAAUAUCUUUUGCACGAUAUCACUGAUGCAGUGUUAUUUCCUGAAAGCUACAUCAUGUUGGCAUAGAUCGACCCUGCCGUUCUUCUUGUCAAACUGUUCCUCAGAAGAAACAGCAGAUAUCAACUGUUUCAAGACCUACAUAAGCAAGAGACAAUAGUGGCUCUGGACCAGAUUAGACACAAACAUCAUUGGGCUGAAUUCAGGGGAUCAUUUGGGCAGGGAUGAGCUAGAUGGCCAGGAGGAGGCAGAAGUUGAGAUGACCCAGGAGGCACCUCAGAGGCCAAGAUGACAAGACUGUGGUCAAACAAACCAGAAAGCAAUUUGACAAUCAAAAACUGCGUCUAAGGGAACUGAGUUAAAUAGACAUGUUUCUUUUCCUGAGAUAGUAGGAACUGCCAAUGCUGGAGAAUCUGAGAUAACAAGGUAUAGAGCUGGAUGAACACAGCAGGCCAAGCAGCAUCAGAGGAGCAGGAAAGCUGACCCUUUUUCUGAAGAAGGGUCUAGACCCGAAAUGUCAGCUUUCCUGCUCCUUGGCCUGCUGUGUUCAUCCAGGUCUACACCUUGUUAUCUAUGUUUCUUUUCCUUUCUACUUUUAAUGGACCAUCUGCCUGAGAGACCACUAUAUUCACUAUUUAGAAUUCUCCAUUGAUGGAGAAAUGUUUAAUUUUGCAUUGUGGUUUUGAAUAAGGGCAAAGUUAUUCUUUUAUUUGCUUGUGAUGUGAUAACUUUGAUCCAGGGAACCUCGAUGAGAUAUCACUAAGCUUUGUGUUUAUUUUCUCAUCAACUUUUUCAAAGAUGUUAUGACAUACCUUUGGAGCAAAUGAGACUUGAACCUGGCCUCCAGGAUCAGAAAUAGAAACACUACCAGUGUGGUACAGGAACCUAUGAGGCUUUAGGUAUUUUUUUAAUACCCAGAGUUUUAUCACACAGAACUGAGUGACUUUCCCACCAUCAUCAUCCAGUCUAAUUUUCUUCAUACUCCAAAGUACCAUACGCACAACUAAUGGACCUUCUCACCACCAAAAUCGGCGACUUUUUUCAAUCUUCAUUUCUAUGAAGACUCCAGCCAACAACAAGAUCUUAGCCUCUUACAUCCUAUAGAUGCAAAUCACCUCUCUGCAUGAUGUUCAUGAAUUGCCUGUGCAAGGCUCACUAUGUGCUUAUCACAGACUCAAUAUUCCGCUGUUGAACUGAUGAGACAAAGUGCAUGUUCCUGAAUACAACCUCGAUAGCUUUGACUGCACUGUUCAAAUACUAAGUCUGUGGUUCGCUGGGUCAUGAAAGGGUGUACAGACAUGCACAUUGUUUAUUCAUUAUGACAAUCAAAGGUACCCUGAGCGAUGGGGAAGAAUCUACACUUGAGACAAUUGUGUAGGCACCUAGCAAGGAAAUGAGAUCACAGAAAGUGUUAAAACAAUGAAUGUGUGUAUAUAUUUAUGUCACAUUUAUGGAAGUUACUGAAACCAUUCUUGCCAAUGAGGUGCCCUCUGGGAGGUGUUGUCGUUUGUCACAAACCUAGUGUAGAUGCUCCACAAAGCAGUCUCCAAUCCUCUGCUUGGUUUCCCUGAUGCAGGGAAACUUUCCACAUUAAACAGAUGUUCACCUGCACAUCUGCUAGUAUGGUAUAUUGCAUCCACUGUUUCCGAUGUGGCCUCCUCUGGUGGUCAAAUUGUGUUGGUUCAUGACAAACAACUGCACCUGUUGGUCCACUUCAACUUCAACUUCAACUUCAAGAACCACUUCAACUCCCCCUCUCAGUCCUUGGAUGACCUGUCCAUCCUGGGCCUCCUUCAGUGCCACAAUAAUGCUACCAGAAGGCUGGAGGAACAGCACCUUAUAUUCCACCUGGGAAACCUGCAGCCCAAUGGUCUCAAUGUGGACUUUACAAGCUUCAAAAUCUCCCCACCCCCGACCUCAUCCCAAGACCAGCACACCCUCUCGUCCCUGCCUCCUUGAAGUGUCUGUCUUUUCUCUCACCUAUCUGCUCCUCCCACCUCACUGACCAACCAUCCCCCCCAACUUCCUAGCUACUAGCCUCAUCCCUGCCUCUUUGACCUGUCCAUCUUCCCUCCCACCUACCCGCUGCUCCCUCUGUACUAACCAACCCCAAUCCCAACUCCCUACCUACACUUACCAGUUCUGGCCUCAUCCCCGCCUCCUUGAUCUGACCUCUCCACCUAUCUGUUCCUCUAUCCACUUUCUAUCAUCGCCUCCCCCCUUUCUAUUUCAGGACCCCCUUCACCUCCUCCAUUUCUGAAGAAGGACCCAGACCCAAAACGUUGGCUUUCCUGCUCCUCUGAUGCUGCCUGACCUGCUGUGUUCAUCCAGCUCUACACCUUGUAUUCUCAGACUCCAGCAUCAACAAUUCCUAUUAUCCCUAUCUGUCCAAUCUCUCUUCAUUACUGAAACUGUGAGGCCCAGGCAACAUCCUUGUAAAUUUCCUUUGCACCCUCUCCAGUGCUAUCACAUCCCUCCUAUAAUGUGGAUUCCAGAACUGCACACAAUAUUCUAAGAUAGCAAUGUGUAGAGCUAGAUGAACACAGCAGGCCAAGCAGCAUCAGAGUUGUGGCCUAACCAACAUGUUAAAAGGUUUCAGCAUAACUUCCCUGCUUUUAAACUCUAUGGCUGGGGUAAUAAAGGCAAAUAUACCAUAUGCCUUAUUCACCACAUUAUCCACCUGUCCUGAUACCUUAACAGAUCAGUGUACAUACGGAACAAAGUCCCUCUGAUCUUAGUGCUUCCUAGGGUCCAACAAGUCUUCAUGUAUUUCCUUAGAGAUAGUAAGGACUGCCGAUGCUGGAGUCUGAGAUAACAAGGUGUAGAGCUGGAUGAACACAGCGGGUCAGGCAGCAUCAGAUGAGCAGGAAAGCUGAUGUUUUUGUUUGGGACCCAUUUCAGAAGAACGGUCCCGACCCGAAACAUCAGCUUUCUGAUGCUGCCUGGCCUGCUGUGUUUCUCCAGCUCCACACUGUGUUAUCUUCAUGUAUCUCCUUGCUUCGUCUAUGCUGCCCAAGUAUGUCACCUCACAUUUUCUGGUUUGGAUUACAUUGAGCAUUGGUCAGCCCAUCUGACCAACCUAUCUACAUCCUCUUGUGGUCUAAGGCUAUCCUACCACUAUUUACCACACCACCAAUUUUUCAUAUCAUCUGCAAAUUUAAAAUGGAGGUGGCAGAGUAGGCAGCGUCUAGGCUGCCGAGCCAGGGUCUUGUCCAUUCCAUCUAUGUUUUAAUUUUUUCUUCUUUUUUUGUUUCUUUCCUUUUUUUGUUUUUGUUUUCUCUUUCUUUCAAUGUUUUUCUAACUCAGCAUCUGAACAGACCUUGGCUGUGGAGGCAGCAAUGCUGAUGGAACAUGGCAGUGGCUGGGGGCCCGGAGCGGUACUUGGACAGUGUGAGCCCAGACGGUGGUCUGUGUGGCAAAGUGGUGGUGUGGCAGUUGGUGGCCCUGGGCGGGACUUAGCCAAAGUGACUACCAUAGGGAACAUAGAACAAUACAGCGCAGAACAGGCCCUUCGGCCCUUGAUGUUGCCCCGUCCUGUGAACUAAUCUAAGCCCCUCCUCCUACACUAUCCCAUCAUCAUCCAUAUGCUUAUCCAAGGACUGUUUAAAUGCCCCUAAUGUGGCUGAGUUAACUACAUUAGCAGGCAGGGCGUUCCACGCCUUUACCACUCUCUGAGUAAAGAACCUGCCUCUGACAUCUGUCUUAAAUCUAUCACCCCUCAGUUUGUAGCUAUGCCCCCUCGUACAAGCUGAAGUCAUCAUCCUCGGAAAAAGAAUGAGCUGUUGGGGGUGGCGGGGGGAGAGCUCAGCAGAGCGUGUCUGCAGGCCAAUGGCUUAAGAAGGACUGUGAUGUUUAUCUUUUAACUUUAUUUCUUUAUGAUUCUACUUUGUACUGAGAAGAACUGUAAAACUGAACUUUUUAACUUAUUUAUUUUUCUAUUUUUGUAUCUAAGAUUUUGUAUCUAAGUACCUUUGUACCUUAGAUGGCACUUUGUACAUUUUUCACUGUACUCUUGCACCCCUGUAUUUGA